AACAAAUCCAUCUGCAACCAGUUUAUUCAAUAAUCACAUCUGAUCUCGUGGGUUCAUCCAAUCACAUUAGUCUGAAAAAUGACGUUUCUUUACAGCAGCAGUGAUGAAGACAGUGAAAGUCUUGCACUUAGACAAGCGAGAGUACUAAUUGAGGAUGCCGAAAACUACCGUUCCAUAAAUCACAAGCUUGAUAAGCUCAGUUUGAUUAUGUAUGAAGUUUCACACGGUUCAUAUUUAACGUUUCUUCAUCGAGCUUCUCUGGUGAUAAUGUUCUUGCUCCCCUUCUUCGAAUGGCCUUCCUCUUUAACAUCGUCAUCCGAUAUCAGGUUGAAACUGAAACCCCCAAACCCACCCUGUGGAAUUACAGAAGGAAUAGAAUUUUUAUGUUUACUGUUUAUAUCGAUUCAAUCAAUUUUAUUGUCAGGAGCAUUUGGACUUUCCUGGGUCCGUGUAAACCCGUGGCUCAUUGGAAAAUAUAUCUUUCUGAUUAUUUAUCUUCUGGAUCUCAUAGUUUCUUUGUCGCUUCGGUGCUCCGAAUUUUAUCGCAUCCGUCGUCUGAUUCGACCCUAUUUUCUAAUCAGUAGCUCCCAGUUAAUGAAGAAAGUUUUGAAAUGCUACAGAAGAACUCUACCAACGCUUUUUAAUCUUUUGUUCCUGCUGUCAUUUUGGUUAAUUUCGGCUACUUUAGUGGCGAUGUGCGUUUUUAAUCAACCCAACAGAGACUUAACUAAGGAUAGUGUCGUAAAUACUACAACCACUGCAUUCACCGAUUUCUAUGAUACAUUAUUCAAUCUUUUGGUACUCUUAACAACAACUAAUCAUCCAGAUAUUUUAAUUCCGUCAUAUAAUGGGAACAGAGGAACUGCAUUUUUCUCGAUUGUUUAUCUUGGUGUUGGGAUAUAUGUACUUUUGAAUAUUCUCACUGCUGCUGUGUAUAGUGAAUUCAGUGGUUAUUUGAUGUCUUCUGUACAAACCCGUUUGAUGAGACGUCGUGUUGCAACAAGAGCAGCUUUUGAAAUCCUGAAACAUGAAUAUAACGGGAUGGAGCUAGUAUCAGGUGAUGAUAUAGUUCAAUUAAUCAAUACUGUUCACAUAGAUACAUGGAAGAAGGACACACUGCGUCAAGCAUAUUUCAUGAGACAUAGCCAUGCAAAUAUCAAUGCAAAACAAUUUAUGCAGUUAUUUCAAAUACUGGAUUUAUCAGGUCCACCUAGUCAGUCAAUACCCGAGCAGAUACCAUCUCUUAGAGUGGCUCGUAUAUUUCAAACAUGGAUUAUGUCUAAAGGAUUUGAGCUGGUUCGGAUUAUAAUAUCACUUUUCAAUGUGAUAUUUUUAUGUGUGGAUAUUUCUUAUAGUCUAUCAACCGGAAAGUAUCCAGGAGUUGUAAUGCGUAUAAUAAGCUGGGGCUUCACAAUAUUUUAUGUAUUUGAACAAAUUUCUUUCCUCUGGGCUUAUGGUCAGAAAGCAUUUUUUUCAAAAAAAUCCAAUAUAUUUGGACUAUUUAUAGUCUCUGUAAUACUUGUUGUUAAAUUAAUCGAAUUGAGUCUGUUACUUAUUAGUCGUCAAAUGGAACACAUUUCACAAUUCAGAAUGACAAUAUGGAAUGUUGUUCGUCUAAGUAAUGUCCUCCUAUUAACACGUACUACUAGAUUAAUUGUUUUGUUUCCUUGGACACGAUUAGUUGUUAGCGUUUUAGCUGAUCUUCCAAGUAAUCUAACCCCUGUUCUCGGAAUACUCAUAUCAGCAUUUUACUUUUAUGCAUUAUUGGGUAUGAAUUUAUUCCAUGAUGUCAUUAAAUAUCGAAAUUCCACAAAUUCAUCAAAUCCAGAACCCUAUCCGUGUGGAACGUACCAAGAACUGCAAUACUGGUCUAUAAAUUUUAAUGAUUUUGCUGCUAGCCUUGUACUUUUAUGGGAUUUAAUGGUUGUCAAUAAUUGGCAAAUAAUUGUGAUUGCAUAUCAACAAGCCGUUAACAGAUGGAUUCACAUCUAUAUGAUUAGUUGGUGGCUAUUUGUUGUUGUUGGAAUACUCAGUUUAACUACUGCAUUCAUAAUCGAGUCAUUUUUACAUCGACGCGACUUACAACCAGAAAUAUCAGUGUUUCAAAACCAGUCACUUGAAAUCAUGAAAAAUAAUACCACGAAUUAUGAUGCACCCGAUGGAAAUUCUUCAAACCAAGCCAGCUCUUCUCAUCCUAAUAAUGAUGAGAGCGAUGAUGAUGAAGCAUCAAAAUAUAAAUCAACGCAUUUAUUAGUAUCGUCAUUGUCUUUUCUCAGACGGCGGUCAUCCACUCACAUGAUUCCCAUAACAUUGGACGAAAUAUUUCGCUGUAAACUUGAAGAACCAUCUGAAGAGUCUGUUGUUGCUGAGAUAUAUUCUCAUCCAUAUUUUCGAAAUUUCGCAGCAUUAUGAAUGAACUGUUAAAUAACCAACAUUGGGGAAAAUCGUAUUGGAACAAUUAAUUUAAUAUACCCCGAGAUUUUGUAACUAUUCUUCGUAAUUUACUUGAUAUAAAAUCUAUCUAAUCCAUCUUAUUUUUAUCAUAUUUAUGAAUACUAUUUCUUUGACUAAUAAAAUGAAAUUCUAUGCCAUAUGUUACAGAAAUUUUGAAACUUCCUCAAGAAUAUUUUACCUUUCAUGUAUAAUGGGACGUGUCGCUGUUGACUAUCAUCACCAUUACAGACCCAUUAACCCUCCCGUUACAAAAUAUAAUAUCUCCAUGGAUCGAAGACAGAGAAGACGAAUUAAUCCAUACAAGGGAAAAGAUUUGCUGGCGAUUUCGUCGUAUCGAACGAAUACUGAAAUCGUGCAAGAAAAGAAAGGCGAAGUUACCGCGAGCACUUUAAUCACAAAAAACGAAAGUUUGCGCGUACACAGUACAUAUAAACAAAAGGUUUAGCAAAACAAUCACUUUGUCAAUUGGUUACAAUAAUGAGUGUUUCUAUUAAACUAAUCGCAUCCUCUUCAUAAAAGUGAAGUCGCUACAUCUGAAUAUCAGCGGAAGGUUUUCUAGCUGUAAAUCAGAUUUACUUAUCUAAAGAAUUUACUAAGAAGUUCAAUGUGUUAUAGGAAAAACAAAAUAUAAAAAUAGCCGAUGAUAUUAACAGAUAACAGCUACGGGCACAAAUUAUUGUAUUUGCACAUUACUGAGGUUAUUUCAUAUUGAAAUAAGCUAACAUGCACUUGGACUGUUCAUGAGAUACUCAC